AUGGACGUCGACGUUUUGGACAUCACUCGGCGAGUCGAAUUCGACGAUUGCAUCACUAAAUACGAGUUUCACACUUAUCAACCGUUCUCCAGCAACAGUCUAACGAACAACGAUGAGAUCCGCAUCGCGAUUCAACACCAGGACCUCUACACACUCCCUAGCGAAUCACUGCUAUGUCUGCAGGGAUCCGUUGUCGUCACCCCGGCCACUGACACAUCCGACGUGACCAUCGUCACCAACGGAUUGAUGUUUUUGUUCGACGAGAUUCGCUAUGAGCUGAAUUCAGUCGAAAUCGAUCGGGUGAGACAACCCGGCGUUGCUAGCACGCUCAAGGGGUACGUAACGAUGCAGAAAACGGUACACGGUCGGUACGCGAACGCUGGUUGGUCGGCGAACACAACAAAAGAGUUUGAUGUCGUUAUACCGCUCAGGUUGAUAUUGGGAUUUUGUGAAGAUCACAGAAAACUCAUAAUUAACGCGCGACAAGAACUCGUUUUGCACCGUGCGAGCACCGACAGUGAUGCUCUUACAACGAACGCGGCCGCCGCAAGCGUUGUGUUGGAUCACGUUACGUGGAGAGUGCCGCACGUCAAUGUAAACGAUUCUGUUAGAUUGCAGUUGCUCAAAGCGUUGGACGCGAAAAAACCGUUAUCCAUCGCUUUCCGUAGCUGGGAGCUAUUCUCUUAUCCGUCGCUCCCCCGGUCGAACAAACAUUCCUGGGCGGUUAAGACGAGCACGCACACGGAAAAGCCGCGAUACGUGAUAGUAGCCUUGCAGACCGAUCGGAAAAAUAAACUCGCGACGAACUCCAGUCAGUUCGACGGAUGCGGGUUGACCACGUUGAAAGUAUAUCUCAACUCUGAAUCGUAUCCGUACGAUACGUUAAAAAUCGAUUAUGCCGGUGAUAAAUUUUCGUUUUUGUACAACAUGUAUGCGAGUUUUCAAGAAUCGUAUUACGGCGUUCCGGUCGGAGAACCGUUGUUCACCGCAGCAGAGUUUAAGUCGACAUCCCCCAUCGUCGUUGUUGAUUGUUCGAAACAGAAUGAUUUUGUUAAGAACGCACCGAUUGACUUACGUAUAGAUUUUGAAACGGCUAGCAACGUGGCUGACAACACCGCUGCUUAUUGUUUAAUCGUACACGAUAAAAUUUUUGAAUAUAACGCUUUGACUAGCGAAGUGCACAAAAUUUUGUAA